AUGCCUGCCCUAGUUCCCACGUGCUGCUCUUUCCGCAGGUACAUUCUGAUCGACUGGCUGGUGGAAGUUGCCACCAUGAAGGACUUCACAAGCCUGUGUCUGCACCUGACCGUGGAGUGUGUGGACCGGUACCUGCGGAGGAGGCUGGUGCCGCGGUACAGGCUCCAGCUGCUGGGCAUCGCCUGCAUGGUCAUCUGCACCCGGUUCAUCAGUAAAGAGAUCCUGACUAUCCGGGAGGCUGUAUGGCUCACAGACAACACGUACAAGUAUGAGGACCUGGUGAGAAUGAUGGGCGAGAUCGUCUCCGCCUUGGAAGGGAAGAUUCGAGUCCCCACCGUGGUGGAUUACAAGGAGGUCCUGCUGGCGCUAGUCCCCGUGGAGCUGAGAACCCAGCACCUGUGCAGCUUCCUCUGUGAGCUCUCCCUGCUGCACACCAGCCUGUCUGCCUAUGCCCCAGCCCGCCUGGCUGCCGCAGCCCUGCUUCUGGCUAGACUGACACACAGGCAGACACAGCCCUGGACCACUCAGCUGUGGGACCUCACCGGAUUCUCCUAUGAGGACCUUAUUCCCUGCGUCUUGAGCCUUCAUAAGAAGUGGUGAGUUUUGGCCAGGCGCGGUGGCUCACACCUGUAACCCCAGCACUUUGGGAGGCCGAGGCAGGCAGACCAUUUGAGGUCAGAAGUUCGA